UCUGCUGUUUGCUGAUGGAACAGAAGGUCCUCAGUAAGUCCUCCAUGGUGUCCAGACUGCCAAAAUUUGGUGCCCGUCCUGUCAAUGGUACCCCCUCAUCCCUUCCCAACGGUACAACCCAGACUGCGCUCACGCAAGAGGGCAAGAAUACCCCAGCUAGGCCAAAUGGUGUGGUCAGAGCCGCCUCCUCCUCCAUGAAAUGGAGAAAGAAUAGUGGUGGGCGGGUGGACUCUUCAAACCCAGUUGAGGGCACAAUACCAGAAGAGAAGAAAGAAGUUCUCUCCCAACAUUCCCCAGGAAGUAGGGAGUUAAAAAGCCCUUCUACUCCCGAAACCAAACUGUGCAGAUCUGCCACCUCAUUGUCCACUGGAAGCCCCAAACCUGCACCCAAAUCCCCUAAAUCCAUCCCCAGUCCUAAACCAAAGCCCCAAAACUCUCAAAUCACUUCAGCCUCCAAAGGUCAGGACAUAUCCCAAAAAAGCUCAGGCUCCAAGCCAACUCAAAAUGGGACUUCAUCUCUGGGUUCUUCACCGAGCCAAGCAAGCUCUUCAGGGCUUCAGCCUCCAAGAGCGAACUCUAGCUCUUCUCGAAGCAUCUCCAGAGACAGUUUGUCCCAGUCCAAUGACAGCCUCUCACGGCAGUUGCUCAUGCCUGACUACAUGGUGCGUUCUCAGAGCUUCACUCACUUCAAGCAACUGCCCUCACCAAUGUCCGCACCCAUGACGCGCUCCUUCUCUUUGAACAAGGCAGUGGAGCUAGCCAAGCCGCUUGCUAAUACACAGCUUCGUCCUCCGCGAACAGUUGGACUCAAAUCUCCUUUGAGCUUGAGCAAAGGCCGUCUGGUGUUCGGAUUGGGGGGCCUGGGAUUUGGAAAGGGGAUAAAGGAUAGACUACCUGCUGGGACUCCUUCUACAGCGUGUUUAACACCUCCUAAUUCCAUAAAAAAGCCUCUUCUGUCUGACUCUGUGUUGACAAAACCCUGUCAAUCUUUAGCCUACAAGCUAAAUCGACCAAUUCCUGCCAAACCACAGUGCCCCCUAGUGGUUGGGAGGAGCCCAGUGGAGAGUGAUGUUAUAACUCCGCCUCUCACUCCCGAGUUGCUCCAUUGUGCCACAAAGAAUGCGUCAGAUUCCCCAGAGGAGCCUGUGACAGAGCUAGGGCUGGAUGGGAACCUCCGCUACACUGUGGAGGGAAUGGAGGACAUGUCUCUCUCCUCUGCGUCUUCUCCGGAGAGGAAUGACAACAGUGAAGAGUUUCUAGAUGACUUUGAUAAUCUAGGGGAUCAGUUGCAGAAUGGCAUCUCUCAAAACAAAUAUGCUGUGGUCACACCCACUCAAAUGCGCCUGCAGGGCCUCUUAAAAGAGACCAUGAACUGGACUGGGAUUGGUCUGGCGGGUGGCAAGGCAGAUUUAAUGGGUGGUCCGCUGCGUGGGCCGCCGCUCAUGUCCCCUGACGUGGAUCGUCAUGCUAGUUCCUCUCUGGAGCUCUCCCCCUCUAACAGCUCUGGAGGAACAUACAUGUGGGAUGAGGAGGGCAUGGAGCCGCUGGGGCACAACACACACAUACAUCGUUGCAGCAGUUAUGAGUCAGACCUCAACAGCAUUGACAUUCUGAACAACUUGGAUAACACUGGCUCAUGUGAUCUGGAAGAUGAUGACCUCAUGCUUGAUGUGGAUCUGCCAGAGGACGGGGCCUUACUCCAUGAUGGGAUGGCCCACUUUGAGCGCUCUGACAGGGGGGGGCGGCCGGCUCAAUGGAGGAGGAGGCAGCAGAGAUGGAGUGGAACGGAUCAUGCUCAUAAUGACAACAGACUGGUCGGGUUUUAUUACAAUCCCUGUCAUACAGGCCAUCGGCCCCUCCAUCCCGCAGUUCAGCGUGACAGUCACACAGUGGCGCUAGAUGAACUCAGUCUCAAGCACAUGACGGAAGACUGCACGUCUGUCAAAUCACAGCUGCUCAAACUCAAGAGUCUGCUGCAGAUGGAUGAUGGUGAGAUUACUCCAGAGAGUUUGGAUUCCAGCGAAGAUGACAACAGAGCCCAACAGAUGGAGGAACUGAUGAAGGAGGUGGCACAUCUCAGGGAAGAGCUGAAAAAUAAAGAUAAAAUCAUCACACGGCUCACUCAUCAACAGCAUCAACAAUCUCAGGUGAGAUGUCAGUGUCAUCAGCAGAAGUCAGGGGUCAAAGGUGAGAGAAGAACUCAUCAUGAUAAAUCCACUCAGACGGUGUGGCGACCGCCCCAUCAUCACCCCGCUCCUCAAAUACUUCAGCCCAUCAGUCACAUCCCCAACGAACCCUUCAUCCAGGAAAAACUAGCAAGAACAGUCCCCACCGGGGGCCACAAUGAUGCCUGCACCGAAGAGGAAUGGCAUCCUAUGUCCUGUCCUCCAGCCCCCUGCACCGAUCCAGUACUUACUCCUACUAAAGACCCUCACGUGGAGUUGAAAUCUUUGCCUGACCCAGAAGAGCUGAGCCGGUUGCUUAGUACCCACCUUCGCAUACAAGACAACAAUGAGAAUGACUCACCAGGGGCUGGAGAACAGAUUGUGAGACUGACCCCUGAAAGCCAUCAAAGCAAACUCCUGCAAACCCCUCACCCCUCGUCCUUCUUCAGCCCGCGCGUCCUGCAGCCUCCACGCCUACACAAACGGGUAACUCUCCCUGCUCUGUUUAUAGGGGGCGGUAGUGGGUCAAACCCAAAUCCCCAUGGAGGACCGCCUCCGUCCAGAGGUUUGCCAUGCUUCAGUGCAGGGAACUACGUUGUUACUCGCAGCCGGCUAUCCCAACCUUGGCCAGCAGUAGUCAGGAGUGAGGCUGAACCACAACGCAAUGCUUCGGUACCACUCGGUGUCUCCACACGACUUGCAAAGCCAAAGAUCCACUGAUAAGGCUACCUCCCUGAACGCAUGAUCACACAUGCGGCUUGCACUAGAUGGUGGUGUUAGUGGCUAGACAGCGAUUUAAGCUAAACAAAGCAGCUAAGCUAUCGCAUCUAACUAUGCAACAAAAAGUAGUCACAAUCAGUGCAUCUGUCGCACAAAAACACUCUAUCACUUCGAACUAGAAGUCAUUGAUCAGAAUUCCUUAACCACUAAGAAACCUUUACCAUUCACAAUUACAUCAUCCAUACAAAUUGAGCUCCUAGUGGACUGAUAAACUGAACGAAAGAUUGAAAUUCAGUCUAAAAGAGAAGGCAAAAGCAGAGAAAACGAGCAAUGGAAAGCACUAAAGAAGUCUUUUUACUUAUACUCAGCAAACGUCAAAGGCGUGAGUGCUGUGCCAUGGAUUUCCUGUGGAGGUUAUUCAAGACCCUCAGUGUGUGGCUAUCUCCCCAAACGGUGUGCCCUCAGGAUGCCAACUCAUUUAGUGGGUGAAUCUGACAUUUACAUCAACCUCCUGAGGUUUAACUGCGAAAACUCAUAUUAUUGUCUACGCAGUCUCACGGAUCUUGUCUUAAAGAGAGAGAUACAUGUGACCCAAGUCUCCUCUCCAGUUUCCACAGGAAAACUUCUCAGUCUGCUGUGAUUUGAUCUGUUUGUGUUUUAUUCUAUGCCUCAUUUCACAUCCUUGUCUGAAUUCCCCACAUAAACAUGAAGAAAACAGUGCAAGCUACAAAAUCUCUUUGUUUCAGCGUUCUCAUUCCCGUUUUGUUUUUCAGUGCAACAAAGUCUCCUUGACCUGUAGACACAGUGUUUUGGCAGGAGGGUGCACACGGCGCUGUCAGUGCUUCCUUUAUUUUCACCUUGGCUUCAGUCAUGAUCAGCAGAUUUUCAUUUUAAUUAGGCUUAUGCCUCAUGUAUUAACAAGGUUCUUUUUCUUGAUUAUGGAUUAUGGCAUGUUCAAAGCAUAAACUUGCCUUUUCACCCCCCAUUAGUUCCAUACAAAAUUGUUAUAAAGCUUUUUAAUUAUUUAUACAUUAUAAAGAUGUUUACAGUUCCAGUGCUGCAGGAUUUUUUUUGUUGCCUUGUCUUUGGUGCAGAAAUACUCUUGCAGUGAAACUUUAAAUGUACACUUGAGCAAGUUCUUAAUUUUUUUAAUAGAUUUGUGUCUUGAUGUUGCACUAACUUAUUUUUGGCUCUGCAAAAGCAAUGAUACUUUAAAAAAAAAGAAAAGAAAAAGUACCAUUAAUGGAAACAUUGGACCAUUUGUCCUUUGUCGUAAAGUUAGAUCAACUUGAUGAGGUUGCUUUUGUCCACAGUAGGUGUUUUCUAAGGACGAUGGUUUCCGGUUUGUUUCCUUAGGGAAAGUCAGAUUUCAUAAAUGUGUCUCAGAAGGUUGAUAAGAUUGUCAAUAAUUUGAGUUUUUGUGCUUUUGGCAUGCUUUGAUACAUAAUGCACACAGUAAUGCACAAAUAUACCACAAGAUCCACUGCAUGGAAGCACAUGGACUUAACCGUACUAUGAUUUUUAAAUAUGCAAGAACCCACCUUUGUGUGUUUAUGUGCAAUAUAUGUAUCAGAGUGUAUAUACGUAUCAGUAUAUAUACCCUUAACCUUCAACAUGGAUGUUUAUUCUAAAGCAAAAGUGAUUUACUUCCAUUUCCCCACCAUAUGAGGGGCUUUGGGUAUUAAAACAUGCUCUCACGUGGAGCACAUACUUCUAGACGCACCCUAAGCAGAGAUAGGCAGCCAUGUCUGAAACCAACUAAAGUAAAUCAAUAGAAGAAGGAUAUUUGUGUGUUUUUGUGUGUUUCUCUCUCACCCAACUCUGUGGUUAUACUAAGCAGAAAAUCAAUGGAGGGCUUGUUUUGUAAUGCUCUGGAGUCACUUUGUUUGUAUUUCUCUCUCUCUUUCUUUCUCUUUUUGUUGCUGUAUGUAUGCAGGAAGAGAGGUCCCACGUAAUACUUUGUCUUCUUGCUGAUGCAAAGUCGCAGAAGUACAUUGAUUCCGUCUGCUGUGGUCAGAGGUGAAUUGCUCGUGUCAAUGAGGUGUCUGUUUACAGAUAGGAGCAUCUUCUCUUUCGUUUGCCUCCUAACAAAUGAGGCGAGACAGAAAAAGUAGUGUAUAAUUAAAGGGAUGGCUCACUCAAAAAUCCCUUUUGUCUUUCCUAAGUAUAACUACUACUGUGGAACACAAAAUAAGGAAGCAAAACGCCUGUAUAAUGAAAGUCAACGGACAAAGUUGAAAUGACACAAAAAUGAUCCCUGCUCAGGUUUUUGACCACAGACAAUAACAGUUAACAAUUUCUUUAAAAAACAUCCUUGUGUUCCACUGAAAAAAAGAAAGAGUUACAGGUUUGUAAUAACAUUUUUGGAUAAACGGAGAUGCAAAAACUGUAUUUCAGGAAUAUCUGCAAACUCAAAGAUGCCCUUUCCUUAAACAAAUAACUAUUGAGGAGCUCCGGUGUGAAAAAAAAACAUUUAACUGCACCAUAAUAACACUAGGUAUCACAUUUCCAAAUUGCUAAAAUAAAUGCACUCAUACAAAGAAAACUUGUUCUGUUGUGUAAGAUAUAUUUAUGACUUGCUGCCCAUGUGUGUGUGCCUUCCUCUGGGUUCUUUUCACCUGGUCGAUUCUUUGAUAGCAUGAAGUCUGGAACAAUAAAACACUUGCCAUGAACUCCUUUUUAUAAAAAUCUCCCAUUUUUCCUUCCAUAUAGUUCAUUUCUUGCCGUGUUUUUCACCUGUUGUGACCCUAGAGUAUGUGGCAUUGUCAGAAUGCUACCAUUGCUCCAUUAUAGCUUCAUGAAAACAACAGCUGCCAACCUGUUUGUAUGGACAGAAGAGAUGUUUUCUAACAAGUGAAAUAAAUUCAAGCACUUUAAAUGACCCGUUUCAAUCUCCACACUGGAGAGAGUGUGGUCUUUUUGACCUGAUCUGUUUGAUUUGCUGUCAAGUUAUUGUGUGCAACUACUUUUAUUUGGCUGUUUGUCUUGAUGUUCUGUCCCUGUGUGCCCUGGUCCAGUGGAAGGUGUGAGACUUUAAUAAAGUGAAGGAAUAAGA